UCUGGGGAGAUGCACUUAUUGGUUUUGGUGCUGUAUUUGUUAUAUUGAGUUAUGUUGAUAAACUAAUGAACUAUUGAUGAUGUUUAACCCCUGCAGGUGUGAAGUCUAUAGACGACUGCCCUGUUCAGCCAAUGAUUCCUCUCUACCUGCUGGUGGGCGGGGUUAUUGGCAGUGUAAAGGUCACGCUGCUCCUGUACGACACCACCCGCAUGAGGUCGCUCAUCUCCAAGACGGUCGUCAUCGGCGAUGACGAUGCCGACGAGUAUCCAUGGAGACAGAACGCAAACAAGUAUUACUUGCACGUCAUCCUCAGCCUGUUCCUGUUCGUCUGGUUCCUUCUGGGGAACUACUGGGUGUUCUCUGUGUUCCAGCCUAACUUCAUCACACCCUUCCACCAGCCACAGGACUACUGCAGGAAGUCUCUGUACCUAUUUGCUGUGUUUGUGUUGACGCUCAGCCACACCGUGCUGCUCCUGCUACUCUGCUGUGGGGUCUGUGUACACGUCUGCUCUCAGACCAGCACCAGGGACGACUACGGGGAUAGUGAUGAAGACUGAGUGACUGACUGGCUGGCUGGAUGACUGACUCAGAGAAGCAUACAGAUGUAGGAUUUUAAUUUGAUCAUCCUGUUUUCGCAGGAAUGUUCUUGCGCAGCAGGAAAUACAAGCUUGUAGUUUAUCUGAGUUUUAAAAGGGCUUCUGAAGUUUGUAAUUUCCACUUUGAAAUUUCAGACUUGAUUUUCCCUUACAAAAUUAUAAUGUAAUGUCCAGUAAUUAUAAUCCACGUAAUAAUUUACAUUUCCUGUUUCCUGCUGUAGCAAACUGUCUCAAAUAAAGAUCCUACAUCUGUACAGAAAGAUUGUAGAGCACUGGGGCAUUGCAGUUAGAUGGUUCUGUAGUUAGUAGAACAGUGGAGAAUUGCAGUUAGAUGGUUCUAUAGUUAGUAGAACAAUGGGGCAUUGCAGUUAGAUGGUUCUGUAGUUAGUAGAACAGUGGGGCAUUGCAGUUAGAUGGUUCUGUAGUUAGUAGAACAGUGGGGCAUUGCAGUUAGAUGGUUCUGUAGUUAGUAGAACAGUGGGGCAUUGCAGUUAGAUGGUUCUAUAGUUAGUAGAACAGUGGGUCAUUGCAGUUAGAUGGUUCUAUAGUUAGUAGAACAGUGGGUCAUUGCAGUUAGAUGGUUCUGUAGUUAGUAGAACAGUGGAGCAUUACAGUUAGAUGGUUCUGUAGUUAGUAGAACAGUGGGACAUUGCAGUUAGAUGGUUCUAUAGUUAGUAGAACAGUGGGUCAUUGCAGUUAGAUGGUUCUGUAGUUAGUAGAACAGUGGAGCAUUACAGUUAGAUGGUUCUGUAGUUAGUAGAACAGUGGGACAUUGCAGUUAGAUGGUUCUAUAGUUAGUAGAACAGUGGGGCAUUGCAGUUUGAUGGUUCUGUAGUUAGUAGAACAGUGGAGCAUUGCAGUUAGAUGGUUCUGUAGUUAGUAGAACAGUGGGGCAUUGCAGUUAGAUGGUUCUGUACUUAGUAGAACAGUGGAGCAUUACAGUUAGAUGGUUCUGUAGUUAGUAGAACAGUGGAGCAUUACAGUUAGAUGGUUCUGUAGUUAGUAGAACAGUGGGGCAUUGCAGUUAGAUGGUUCUGUAGUUAGUAGAACAGUGGGGCAUUACAGUUAGAUGGUUCUGUAGUUAGUAGAACAGUGGGGCAUUACAGUUAGAUGGUUCUGUAGUUAGUAGAACAGUGGAGCAUUGCAGUUAGAUGGUUCUGUAGUUAGUAGAACAGUGGGGCAUUACAGUUAGAUGGUUCUGUAGUUAGUAGAACAGUGGAGCAUUGCAGUUAGAUGGUUCUAUAGUUAGUAGAACAGUGGGGCAUUGCAGUUUGAUGGUUCUGUAGUUAGUAGAACAGUGGAGCAUUGCAGUUUGAUGGUUCUAUAGUUAGAAGAACAGAGCGACAGGUGAGGUUGGGUGUGUAAUGUCUGGGAGAUAUGAGCGCAGGGAAAGACUCACCUUAGCAUAACUAACAGAAGUUCUAGGACUCUAUAUGUGACCUAGACAGUUGCACUAGGAAAGAAGAGUAAUUCUGGUGGCAGCUCCCAAACAAAUCUGUGAAAUCUACAUGUAUCAUAUGUAACCAUACAGGUGGGCCUAGGAGCCUGUUGUUAACUUGACUGCAUCAUGUGUGGGUGUUUUUGUGCAAUGUAAUUGUCUUUUUAGAUAUUAAAUUACACAAAUGAAACAUGUACUACAAUUAUACAUAUGUUUCAUGUACUUUUUAGGGUCUGAAAUGAAUUUACAAGGCAUGUUAUAUAUACAGUUCCAGAUCAACAUUUGAUCAAUACAGAUGUCAGCAUGUACAGUAUAUUGUGUUUAACUCAAUGUAGGAUUUUAGCACUAAUAUUUAUUAAUUCAUGUUUGCACUUUCUAUAUGAUUUUAAUUCAUUUUGUUUGUCAGGAGGCAAUGUGCACUGUUACAUUAGGCUCUUGACUUGUGGAAGAUACCUUUUGAACGCCGCCAAUCUAACAGUACAGCAAUAUUACUGCACCAUCUAGUGGUAAAAUCAAGUACUAUGAAAGCGUAAUCUCACGACAGCUCAUUUUUAAAAUGUCAUUAUCUUUAGUGGGUGUGAUGAAUAAUCUCUCAAUUAGUUC